AUGAGGUCAAUCAACAAUGGUACGAUUACAAAUUUGUUUGGCAAGGACCCAUCAAAAUUUAGUGGAAUAAAAAAGCUACAUAUUCCUUCAGAUUUAAUAUGGAUACCAGAUAUAGUUCUAUAUAACAAUGCUGACGGAGAACCUCACAUUUCAAUCGUUUCUGACGCCAUAAUUUAUUUUAAUGGAUUAGUUGUUUGGAAACCCCCAAGCAUUUACAAAUCUUUUUGUAAUAUUGAAAUUGAAUAUUUCCCUUUUGAUACACAAGAAUGUUUAAUGAAAUUUGGGGGAUGGACUUAUAAUGGAUUUUUGAUGAAUAUAUCACAAAUACCUGUAGGCCCAGAUGACAAACCCCAAGCACUUAGUUACCCCGAUGGUAGAGAAUACAAAUAUCUUAAAAUUGGGAUGGAUUUGUCUGCUUAUCAUCCAAGUCUUGAAUGGGAUUUGAUGUCAGUUAGUAGUAGCAGACAUGAACAACUUUAUCCUGGUUGUUGUGGUCAGGAUUUUUACAUUGACAUAACCUUUCGACUUGUUAUUCGACGCAAAACUUUAUUUUUUAUUGUUAAUUUGGUUAUUCCUUGCAUGCUACUCGCAAUUUUAACUGUUUUUGUUUUUUAUAUUCCUGCAUGUGAACACAAAAUGACUUAUUCUAUUUCUGUAUUGGUUACGUUAACUGUAUUUUACCUUAUUCUAAUUGAAUUAAUUCCCCCAACUUCAAUGGUUAUUCCAUUAAUUGGUCGUUAUCUACUCUUUACAAUGUUUCUAGUUUCCUUUUCUAUUGCAAUUUCUGUUGUUACUUUGAAUUUCCAUAGACGGUAA